AUGCACAAUACAAUGAUCGGCUCAACUGGCAUAGACCAGGAUAACCACAUGGCUCAUGACAACUCAUAUUCGAACGAACAAUGGGUCGACAUGAGCGCUUAUACCCAUAUGGCCAUGACGACUUAUCCCGGCGAGUACUAUAUUCCACCGGCGACUCAUGGAUUACCAUCCGAGUCUAUCGGCAUGGCUCCUCCACCUAUUCCUCACCAGAUGCAUAAUCAGCCGCACAAUAACUUUGCAAGUCAUCAUCUUCCGCAUCCGUUGAUAAUACCAACACAGCAGCCUUCCCAGGUUCCAUGGCCCAGUCUCCGGACGAACCCCUCUCAGAGCUACUCAGCACCUCCUGUACCAAUCCCGCCGGCAUCGGCUCCUGUGAGACAGCCGCCGAGAUUGCCAACAAUCAAUACGUCGCAGCCAAGGAAGACCUUGACGGACGAGGAUCGUCGUAAUAUGUGCCUCUUUCAUGAGGACAAUCCCCAUGCUAAACAGACAGAGAUCGGUCAAAAAUUUGGUGUUGAGCGAAGCACGGUGUCAAAGGUAUUACGAAGGAAGGAACUUUACUUGAAUCUAGACAGUUCGGGUGGUUCUCCCGUGAAAAAGACUAAGGGAAAGUCGCCGCCAGAUAUUGAGCGAGCUCUUGCGAACUGGGUCAGGGGUCAACAGAAGAAGGGAGUUGUGGUUAGCGACACUCAGAUGGAAGAAAAGGCGAGAGUCUUUUGUACCGGCUCGGAUAGCCCUCUUAAAACCAUCACAGCCUCUUGGAUCGAAAAGUUUAAGCAGAAGCAUAAUAUUGGACCGGGAAAGUUGAUCCGUAGAGCUUCGGAGACUGCGAUUCCGGACAACGCUCGACUAGACACUGGCUCUCCCUUAUUAUCUGCUACACAUACACCAGGAGGCAUUUCACCGGCUUCACCAACAAACCAAACGGCAUCACCGCAAAUAUCGUCGAUAAGCGAGAAAUCCGAAGUGAAGGAAUCUAUCUCAAAUGGCUUCAUGGACUUCGAGACCAAUGGAUACAGACACCCACAUUCUCAGAGCUCAACAUCACUCUCCAGUGCCGUCACAGACCCGCCGAGCUCAACCUUCUCAGCGGGUGCUUUCAGUCCAUCAUCACAGUUCAACUUUUCUCCAGACCCGAACACAGGCAUGUUCAGCGACCGGAAUCAAAUGCCGCCAGGAGCCUCCGGUUUCCAGCGUCCCCGAAGUCAGACGGUUCCAGACCUUGGGCAUCUCGAGUACAUCAACCAAUCGCAACCUUCGGAGCCGCUGACACCUAAAUAUAGCCAGGCUGGGACGGCACCCUCUUCUGCUCUGGAAUCCCCGACCCACGAGAUGUCAGGGUCGUCCUUUAGCGGGCUAGACUCGGCCAUCUCCCCACCAACACAGCUACACCAUGUAAGUAGCAACAGUAGUUUAGCCGGCAGGUCGAGCUGUUCAGGGACAGCUGGAGUUUCCGGAACUUCGAUGGGCUCUUCGCCUAGUUCGCCCACUCAGGAGGAUGCCAGGCGAGCCGCGGACACGCUCCUUAGUUUUAUGCAGCAAAUCAAAUCGACUGGUUUGGUCGACCAGAACGACUUUUUAAUAGUCUUGGGUCUUACCGAGAAGCUGAGGUUACAACCGCAGCAACAGCAUGGAGGACCCCAGGCGAACUCGGCAACCCAGGGUCUUGGUGGUCUAUCGAGGAUACCGGAAGGAGACACCGAGAUGACAACAAUCCCUCCACCCAUGGUAAAGAACGAGACAGCGAUGAGUGUGUGA